AUGGGGAACUGCUGCUCCUCCGAGGCCUCGGCCGUCGUGGCGCGUCGCUCAGGCGCCGACAAGGACGAGGUGCAUUCCGUGCCCUUCGCCGCUCUCCCUUCGCCCCACAAAUACGCGGAAACGGAGGACACGGAGCCGCGUAUUAAAGACGAGGAGCCUGCGUCUUCACCGUCUCCAUCGUCGCCUUCCUCGCCCUCCCAGGCGCCCGAGGAGCCGGAAGACGACUUUGUACCGCAACAUAGACCCAGUAACAAGCACUUGGAGAACACCCACCACGUCAAGAUCGGGGACUACAACCUCCGCUACUCGUACUACUCGAAACGCGGCUACUAUCCCGAAGCGCGGAAGAAGGCGAACCAGGACAGCUAUUACUGCGAGACGCACUUCGCUGGAGACGACCAGAAGGCUUUUUUCGCAGUCUUUGACGGCCACGGCCAAUAUGGAGACAUUUGCUCGCAGUUUGCGGCCGAACAAUUGCCCGAAAACAUUAUCAAGAACCUGGAGGAGAAUAUGAGCACUCUACCAGCCCUCACACGAGCCCAUGUGCAGACCAACCGAGCCAUGCACGAGGCCAGCUUCGACGACUCCAUGAGCGGCACUACGUCCAUCUCCGUGCUCUUCUGUGGCAACGAAAUCCACGUCUCUAACGUCGGAGACUCGCGAGCUAUUAUCGCCCAGGAGAACUUGAAGGCCUCAACUCGAGCAGGCGAGGCCAACCUCGUAGCCAAGCCACUGUCCAUUGACCAGACGCCCUUCCGAAAG